GGUUCUGAUUAUAGAAGAGCUAAUCUUACAGUCUCCAUUUCAAUAACUUCCCUUAACUGAAUCAAUGCACCAAACGGUAGAUUGCAAGUCAGGAGGGAGUGUGACUUUUGUGCCCAUCGAGGAGGACAAAUUUGGCUUUAAACCAGGCCAACUUGUUCAUUUUACCAAAAGUAUACGUAAUGGGAAGGUAGCCCUUAUCAGGGGUGUGUGCGACGGCCUUUUAUGGUUUUCCGUGUUCUCAUCCAUAGAUGAGGCUGUAAAAGAGGAGGCCCUAAAUGUUCCCGUUGAUACCUCUAGUUGCCGAGUACACGAAGAGUUUAUUCGCCAAUAUGGGUGGGUCAUAGACGACAGGAAAAACUUGUUUAUAUACAAAGACACGAAGUAGCUACAAAAUACACACACUAUAUUAACUCUCUAGUGUUUAUUCUUGACAGGCGUCUUUAAAAAUUAAGACCGAAGAAACAUAAGAAUAAAGUAGCAUUUGUCACGGAUCAGGAAUAGUGAGACUAUUUAAAUACAAUUUUCCACACA